AUGGAGACUACAGAAAAUGUCGAUUCCAAUGUCCACAGAAGCCCCCUGGCGGCCCUUGAGGAUGCUCAGGCUGCCUACAUUCGAAAGCUUGAGGAUCGCCUCGACGCCUUGGAGAACAGAAUGCUCAAUAUAGAGGAGGCUGGGCCAGGGAAUGAUAUCGCAAUAAAUGAAAACGAAUCCUCUAUGGACUCUGAGUCCGACGACUCCAUAAGCAGCGACGGCAGUUAUGUGAAUAAGAAAGAAGGUGUAGAAGCGAACCAUCCACCUUUCCCUCCAACUGUUGCAGAGGUCCGAGGUGUGGAUUUUGUUCAAGCCACUCAUCAUGUCUUCAUGGCAUCAAGUAUACCAGCAAUCGAGUUCGCAAAGUUUCCUGAAAAGGAAAGUGAAGAAGACACGAAACUCGCCACGUUUAAGAAUGCUUUCAAGGAUUUCAGCCCCAAAGAAGCAUUAGAAAUGAUCAAUUCAAAUUAUAUGAAGCCCCAUGACGUGGAUUUGAGGUUGCUGUUCGACCAUAUCAACAUUCUUUCGAUGCCACUUUCUCAAAUACUGUGGUCGAUCUACUAUGACAAAACCUUGCCACCAAAUCAAAUUGCCCGUUUUAAAGAGCAAGAGCGAGCAUUGGAUUCGAAAGCUGAGCCUUCGGGCGAGAUUUACAAGAACAGCAUGCUACUGGACGAGCUCAGAGCAUAUGUACGACUGAUGGAGGAUACUGUCAUGGAAUAUUAUGCUACUUUCAAGACAAAGACAGCAGCAGACAACUUGAAAAUUUACUACGUGGAUAUAUGGCAUUUGUUUGAGCCCGGGGAGAUUAUCUACUAUUCAGAAGCCAAGGACGCACCUUCCAAGAUGGACUACAGCAAGCUCGAGAGGAGUAAACGACCGGACCAAAAACUAUGGAGAGUCUAUUCGAGGCUUCGGUCGGAUGACGGCUGGUGCGUGAAGGCAUACUGCAUUGAUUACGAUGGUGAAUCAUACGUCUGCGUGAAAGAGUGGUUUAUGAUUGAAAGUUUCGAGGGAAGGAAGAGCGUCAAUUCUCUCAGGGUCUAUCCCGUUCGAUUCGCAACCAACGCUAAAAGGCUAAUGGAAGAUGCCACGGAAGCUGGCAGAGGAUUUAUAAAGAACCUAGAUUCUAAACUACUGGGCCAUGAGGGAUGGACUUGGGUUUCGGAUCAAUCCUCUGGUACCAGCCUCAUUUAUGUAUCCGGCGAUGUUGUGAUCGAUUUUGCGGAAGCUUUCAGAGUACAUCCUGACUGGAAGCCUAUUCCUAUGGCACCCGCAAUCUACUAUGGGGGUGGCUGGGGGACGGAUAACGAUGACGAUGACAGAACGAGGUGGUACUGGACUGAUGGUCACGAGCUUAAGUGCAAUUCCGGCAAAGGUGAAUGGAAUGGAAGACAGAUUCGCAACGCAUUCCUCAUCGCCUCGGCGCUCGCGCACUCCGAGAAGACAAACGGUGUUCCAAAAGGCGCCAACAAGUGCGACCUUAGAGCCAAGCAUUUCCGAACGGUCGCGGAAGCUCAAUCUGGAUUUGAAAGAUACCUCUUUGAAACUACUGGCACGACAGAUGAAAAAGCUGCACAUGAUCAAGGUACUCGAGCCGAUCACGUCGUGUCGGCAGACGGCAGAGUCGCACCACAAACACCCGUGCCAACACCGGCACAACCUGUCCAACCCCCAAUUCAUCCAGCUGUUAUGGCGAGUCAAUACCCUUCUCAUCAGCCCCUCACGCCUACGCGAAAUCCCACGACGUAUAACCUCUCACAUUCGCCCAACAAUGUGUAUCUUCAGCAGCCGCACCCACACCCACACCCGCAGCCGCAGCCGCAGCCCCAACAUUAUGUCUAUGGGCAAGCUCCGCAGGAUACAUUUGGUCAACCAUCAGCCACAACAGGUCAUCCUGUGCAAUGGGCACUAACGCCGGGAUCGUCUCAGCCGCAGCGGCCGCGGCCGCAGCCUCAUGUGGCUGAUUCGGAUUCGGAUACUUAG